GUCUUUUGUCAAAACGUCCUGAAAACUGAAACAUUUCAGCGAAGGUGAGUUUUAAAGAUGUAGCAGGGUUUCUGCUCCCGUGGAGCUGAUCCUUGCAGAAGCAAGGGCUUGAGUCGAGCUUUGGGUUUGUCUUCAGAGGGUUUUGUUUAGUGCUCAGAUGAGAAGGUGGCCAUAGCAGGAAGCCAUGGCCAGAUGGGACCAUUUUCAGCUUUUUCAGGUUUGGUAGGAUUGGUUUGUGCUGGGCUGUGUACGAGAACUCUAAGAGAAACACAGAGUGCUGCACUGAGAGGAAACCAGGCUGGUGUUUACUCAGCACUGCAGCCACAUGGACUGGGAUAUACAUAUAGAUUCAGGGCUUGUUUGGACUCCAGAAAACUGAGCUUCCCUGAAUCCUGGUAAUUGAAGCUCCAAAGUUUGCAUUUGCAACGCUUGUCAUGGUAAAGCUACAGUUAUACCCACAUUGAACUUGGCUAGUUAAUCUUUAAUAAUUCACUAUUUCCAGAUGAAGCGAAGUUGGGAGUUUUCCUCUUGUGACUGUGUGAAACACUUGGUGUCCAUCAGUGUUUUAUCUCAUAGGUGCCUGGAUUUCAGCCCUGGCAGGAGAAUUGUUUCCCUCUUGGGACUGUGCUUAAGAAAUACCUGAGAAAUAAAGUUGCUUCUUUAGACUGAGUAGAUUGAAGCUCUAAAAUGUUGAAGUUUAGAAUGCUUUCCAUUGUAAGAACUCAGCUGUAGAGAUUUCGAAGACAUUCAGACAGGGUUGACUUAAGUGACUUUCUGACUUUGGUUUUUCUGACCUUGUGGGCUGCAAUUCUUGAUUCCGGUUGCCUCCCUCAGGCUGAGCAUUUUUGGAAGGCAACAGCAAAAAACUUUAGAACAACAAAGACAAUGAGCAGCAUGACUGAAUCUUGAGUUAGGAUUAGGUAACAUCUAAGCAACCUUGGUCUUAUCUAUAUUUAGCAAUUUCUGCUAACCUUCCCACCAGGCCUAUGGAGCCACGAGGGAUUGUCAAAGCCUUUCCCAAGAGGAAGAAGGUGAGGGAUGACUCGGGGAAAAGCAUCCCUCCAAAGAUCCCAAAAGAGGAAGGAACAGACAUACCUGAGGAGUGGCUGAAACCUGUCAUCGCCUACGUGCUGCAAGCUGGCCUUGGCCAGGCCAGGGCGGAGAUCUUCCACAGGCAGAUUGUCCUGCACGGGGGGGCCGUGCACAGCCAGCUCUCCUCGGAGGUGACCCACGUCAUCGUGGCUGAGGACAUGGACUGCGAUCGCGCCCUCCGGCUCCUCAGAGUGACCAGGCUGCGCCCGGGGCUGCAGCUGGUGAAGGCAUCCUGGCUCAGUGCUUGCCUGAGAGACCAGAAGCUGCUGAGUACUGCUGGCUAUGGUGUCUUUGUCCCUCACAGGUACCUGGAGGAGGAAGAAUUCCAGAAAGAACAGCAACAGAUCCUGGACAGAGAAAAAAUCCAGCCCCCAGCAGAGGAGGGAGCAGUGAAACCGAAUACUGAAUUGCAGGGGGAGGAUUCCUCACAGCAAGGCUUGGGCACCCUUGGACAGCAGCAACUGGCUGAGAAAUACUCUGAUGAUGAAGACAGUGAGGGAGAAGAUGCUGGUGUCAGCCAGGGAGACCUGGAAGCAUUGAUUACUGGCCGCUACCCUGUGAAAUCAUCAGAGGAGAUCAGUGACAGCUCUUGCACAGUGGCCCAGCCUCCCAGCAAGUGGGUUUGUGCUCUGUCUUCCAACACCAAGAAGGAAAAUCACAAUCAAUGCAUCACAGAGAAACUGGAAGUGCUGGCAAAGGCUUACUCUGUCCAGGGGGACAAGUGGAGAGCUCUGGGCUACUACAAAGCAAUCAAUGCACUCAAGAGCUACCAUAAACCAGUCACAUCCUACCAGGAAGCCUGUAAAAUCCCUGGGAUUGGGAAGCGGAUGGCAGAGAAGAUCCUGGAGAUCUUGGAGAGUGGCCACCUGCGCAAGCUGGAUCACAUCAGUGAGAGUGUGCCUGUGCUGGAGUUAUUUUCCAAUAUCUGGGGAGCAGGAGUCAAGACAGCUCAGAUGUGGUACCAGCAGGGUUUCCGGACGCUGGAUGACAUCCGCAGCAAGGCCACCCUGAGCAGCCAGCAGGCUGUGGGGCUGAAGCACUACACCGAUUUCCUGGAGCGCAUGCCUCGGGAGGAAGCUGCAGAAAUAGAGCAGACUGUCAGACAAGCUGCCCUGGCCCUGAAGCCUGGUUUGGUGUGUGUUGCCUGUGGCUCCUACCGUCGGGGGAAGGCCACCUGUGGAGAUGUGGAUGUGCUGGUCACUCACCCUGAUGGGCAGUCUCACCGUGGGGUGUUCAGCAAGCUGCUCGACAGCCUCCGCAGGAGCGGCUUCCUCACAGAUGACCUGGUGAGUCAGGAGGACAACGGUGAUCAGCAGAAGUACCUGGGCGUGUGCCGCCUGCCCGGGCCGGCGCGGCGUCACCGCCGGCUCGACAUCAUUGUGGUGCCGUACCGGGAGUUCGCCUGCGCCCUGCUCUACUUCACGGGCUCGGCGCACUUCAACCGCUCCAUGCGCGCCCUGGCCAAGGCCAAGGGCAUGAGCCUGUCGGAGCACGCGCUCAGCUCGGCCGUGCUGCGCGGCCCUGGCGGCGCCAAGGUCUCAGCUGGCCGCGCCCUGCCCACUCCCACCGAGAGAGAUGUCUUCCUGCAGCUGGGGCUGCCCUACCGGGAGCCCUCCGAGCGGGACUGGUGAUGCAUGGUGGUCGCCCUGGGCUUGCUGCCCUGCUGCUGCUUUGAAGGAUCUGAUUUCUGCGGUGCCUGCAGGCUGAGGAACAUAUCCCAGCAAACUGGCGCUCCCCUGCAAGCGUGAGGCCCGGCUGCUGGGCACAGCUCUGUGGCUUCCUCAGCAAAGGCUGUGGGCUGGAACCACACUGGAAGUGCUGUCUUGGUGUGGCUACCAAAAGGGCUCACUGCCCAUCGGCUACCCUGGUCCUCUCUCCCCAGCAGUGGAAGAUUGGGCUGCAGUCUUCUGAUCCAGUCUCUGACAGUGCUUGGGAACGAGGGAAGUGGGAGGCAUCUUC